GGAGCUUAAUCUCCAGUUUGGGUUGGUCUGCGCACCCGAUAAGUAUUCUGAAUCGUCACUGUGGGAUUGAAUCGUAGUGAAAUCGAAUCAUGGCUGCUCGAUGUGCAAAAACGUUGGUGCUCUUCGGUGCUGUCCUGGGAGUUGCUGUUGUUGUGUUGGCGGACGUUACACCCCGUCGGGAUGCUGAGUACCCACCCCCAGAACUACUGGAAGCUUUGAAACCACUGCAUGACAUUUGUGCUAAGAAGACUGGAGUUACGGACGAGGCCAUCAUUGAGUUCAGCGACGGCAAGAUUCACGAGGAUGAAAAGCUGAAAUGCUACAUGAACUGUCUGUUCCAUGAGGCCAAGGUAGUGGACGAUAACGGAGACGUACAUCUGGAGAAGCUGCACGACUCGCUGCCCAACUCGAUGCAUGAUAUUGCGAUGCACAUGGGAAAACGUUGCCUGUAUCCAGAGGGGGAAAAUCUAUGCGAGAAAGCUUUCUGGCUGCACAAGUGCUGGAAGCAGGCCGAUCCGAAGCAUUAUUUCCUGGUUUAAAUUUACAAGACAAGUUGGGGAGAUCUCGGAGAUUUCUGCAGUUACGCGAGAAAGAGCAACUUUGGGAUUCGCUAGCAAAACUUUAGUUUAAGAUUCAGCACGUAGUUAUUGUGACUAACCCUUCGAGCCAAACUCCAAAUUUAUUUUUAAACGAAAAUACUAACAACAAGAGCAGUGUGGAAGAAAUAAAGAAUUGCAUUCCACUAA